AAUCCAUUCAUUUUCAAAUCUCUCUCUCUCUCUCUCUCUCUCUCUCUCUCUCUCUCUCUCUGAGUAUUAUAGUGUUGUUCAAUAAAAACUGACCCUUUCACAGGUUCCUGUGACUUUCUCACUUGCCACCUACUUGAAAAAUUCGAAUUCAAUUCCUUUAUUCAAAGCAGAACAAACGCCUCUGAAAUCUCUGACCCGAUAGAUUAGUCACAAAAUAUGCAUGUGGUACGUUGUUGCUUACCACAUCUCGCACCUAUUUCUUAAAUGCUUAUAGGACAGGUAAGAACUAAGAACAAAGUUAAAAAAGAAGAAAAAGCAAAAGAGAGAAAAAACUCCACGACACCCUAUAACUAAUCUAAUAGCCUCUCUCUGAUCUCCUUUCAGUUACUUUUUUCUGCUCCAUCAAAAUCUAUUCAUUAAUUGAGCCUCAUUAUUAUUUAUUAUUUAUAAUAUAAAAUGUAAGCUUGAACUGUUAAUUUAUUCCUAUCCUGAAGUUUCUUGACUACUUUUUUCUGUUCCAGCAAUUUUGUUUUUAUUCAAAGCAGUUUUAUUAUUAAGUAGUAUAUAUAUUUGCUCACCACCACUGGCCACAAACAAUUAGCAUAUCUGUCUACACUACUUGCCAUGCCCUAUAUCUCGCCGUGGAAACGUGGAAAAAGAAAAACUAUUUUCAGCAUUCAACUUCCAGCAAAUAUAUAUAAUUUCAUUACCAGCAUGUGUUACUGAAGGAGAUUUAAGGGAAAAGAGGUUCAGGUUCUGAUCAUUUUGGAAGAUUAGCUUUGGUUUGAAAGAUUGUGCUAAGAUUAUGUCCAUUCAAGCUCAGUGGUAUCCAAAUAAUAAUUCUGCUUCUCCAUUCUGCAACAAUGGUUAUUGCGCUGGUGGGCUUAUUGACUCCCAUAUCAAUUUCCAAGCGAAAAAUCAUUUUCAACAGCAACAACAGCUAUCAGAACAGCAUUUGAGAGAGUUAUAUAAUGGGAGUCAAGGAAUUGUUGAUCCAAAUCUUCAUGUUUAUAAUUCAGAAGCCGUGAAUUCUCCUGUGUUUGCUGUUCAGCUUGAGAAGCAAUGGGAAGAGAUUGAUCAGUACAUGAAAUCCGAGGAUGAGAAAUUGAGAUAUAUGAUAGGAGAGCAUGGGAAACAACAAGUGAUAGCAUUGUUGAAAAAACUGGAAUCUCGUUCACUCAAUGUCUUAAGGGAAAAAGAUGAAGAAAUUGCGCAAGCUAUAAAGAAAAGGGUAGAGUUGGAAGACUAUUUAAGGAAGCUAGAGGCAGAAAAUAUGAAGUGGCAAAAAGUGGCCCAAGAGAAGGAAAUCAUGGCAUUGUCCCUCUAUAAAACAUUGGAGGAAAUGACAGAAAGUGGAAAUUUUUUGAACAACGGGGUGGUGCCAAAUGAUGCAGUGUCCUUUUGUGGCGAAACUGGGGGAAAAGAAGAAGAGAUGGGAGAAGAAGCAACAUCAGAGAAAGAGAAAAAACGUAUAGAAUGUUGUGGUGAGUUUGAACAGAAUACGAGAGGAAGAGGAGUAAUGGUUUGUAAAAGCUGUCAUUCUAGGAGCUCGAGCUUUCUGUUUCUCCCAUGCAGACACCUUUCUUGCUGCAAAGUUUGCAACGCUUUCCUCGAGGCUUGCCCCGUUUGCAGAACACCAAAGAAGGCUACCAUUGAGUUGAGACUUUGAUUUUCUAGUUCUAUAGGCUGAUCAUAUGAGACUACAGGCUUUCAUUUUCUAGGCUGAUUGAUUGAUAUUCCCGGGAAAAAAAUAGUAAAUACUAGUAGAACAGAUCAUAGAGAUUGCUUAGCUGUGAUGGUUGGAUGGAUCUGCUGAGAUAAUACACAUCAAGAUAGAUUUAUGGAAAUUACUCAUUUUCACUGGGUUCAAUGUUUCUAGACUUAACUAUAGUUUUUUUUAUGAAGUUUUCAUUCUAAAUUUCUAAUGCCUGGUUUACUUUUCUUAGGCCCUUUAUGUAUUUAGAUCUAAUUUGUUCUUGAAAAGACAAUCCAGACCAAUACAAGAAAAUUUGCUAAAUACAAUAUGUUUUA